AUGCCCGGUCAGCUCACCACCUCACCUCUUUUCGGGCUGCCCGCCGGUAGCAGAGCAUACACAUCCAAGGUCUCAAUACCUUCAAGAUCCUCAUCAAGCAGCGAGGAAACUUGCCCGGACGCGCCUCUCAGCCUCUUUGAGGCCGUUGUCACCGCUUUCCCGCCCGUCCUCGAGUCGUUGCUCUCACAACUCCCAACAACAUCCAUAUUCAACCUAUACCAUACCUCUCCUCACCUCCGAGCGUUCCUACAAUCAUAUCCGCUAGCAUGGAAGACACUGUCUUUUCGCCUACCUCAGCCGCCGAACCAGGCUAUAACAACCCCGGGGAACGAAACACCUGAUGGCCGAGAGAGGCAGUCGAAAACUUAUGCUCUCGACGCCUUGCUGGCGGAAGUCGUGGUGCCCUUUGGGACCCGGCUACGUAAUUUAGACCUAUGCAAUACCGCCGUGUCGGGAGUGGCCCUAAUCGCAAAAGUACUUCAACCGCGCAUCGAAACGCUGCAGCACCUCUCCGUUCGGGGCUGCAAGAACGUCUCCAUCAAAUACCACAUCGUCCCGUUCCUGGAGCCGUACGCCCAAAAGGACUCGCCAUGGGCCAAGAGAGGGGAUCUGGCUUUGAAGAGCUUGUAUGCAUACCGCUGCCGUCACCACCGUCGGAGACCCUACCUUCCAUCUUCUUUGGGCCGGAGAGACUCGGACUCGGACCCUACACAUCAACUCAUUGAGAUAUGUCAUAAGCUUGGAAUAUGGACGGAUACUGCCUGGUGCCCGACACCCGCUGGGAGAUGCUUCAGGAGGAAGGACUAUCAUAACGGACGAGGCGGGCCAGGGAACACCGAAGUUUGGGUUCCCUUCGACAGGCUAUGGAGAUCCAGCAACCGCAUUGGACCCACUGAAGAAAGCGCCCCUAUCGGACACUCGGAUGGAAGACUGUGGGAACUGAGCGAGGAUGGCCAGGACGGAGAGCCACUAGGGCCUGAAAAGGGGCCCCCAGGAAAAGAAGGAAAGGACGUUCCCGCACACUUACGGCGAAGUCACCAAUUGUUUGUGGACGACUUGAAGUGCUCCCGAUGCCAUGAUCCCAUAUUCGAGCGAUGCGAACAGUGUAGCGUGCGGAUGCACUGCAUGGGCUGCCGCAAGACGCUCUGUGCCAGCUGUGCAUUCAAUAGGCCGAUCCCUAGGAAGCGGACCAAGACCCGACAUACAAAUAUCAUGCUAGGCACUAUUGCUCCGAUGACCUCCAUAUUUUCUUCGUCAUCGACGUUGAAGGAUGAUGUCAAGGAGCCACCUUCGAAGGAGAGGUUUUGGUGGGCACCGGGCAUGGUCCGAUCCCCAAAUCUCAUGCAUGAGCCUGCCGGCGACGAUGACUCGGAUUCAGAUGACGGAAUCCUGAAUCACAUCAACAACGGAAUUGGUCCAGUGCCAAUAGCUCCUCCGAAACUCAACAUGCACUGGUGUUGCAUGGAGCCCGUAUUCUCGGGCGGAGGUGGCAUCGCCUUUGUGGGGCCUGGCCUCGCCGGCAAGGGCGCAGACAAGAUCCGAGCAGCACCUCUCCCUCGCAUCAAGAAGUAUGAGGACCCGGACUUCACUUACCAACUCCGUUCGUUCGACCCACUCCGAGAUUUGAAGCAGAGCGGGCUUUAUGGGCACCUCCUCAACGAGGACCUGGAUAUCAUGGAGUAUCUCAGGCAGGACAGUCUCGACUUGCAGGCGUCGACGUGCCCGCGAGGACUCUGCCAAGAGUGCUACCAAUCUUUCCGAUGGAAAGUCUCUUGCAAAGCGUGCAAGAGUCCGCUUUGCAAGGAGCACGAUUUUAGGGCUCUCAAGAUUCGAAAGUGUGGAUACCGGGAUCUCCAUAUCGAGCGGGACUACGUACGGAAUCAUAAAGAGCUUCCCCAGUUCACAAUCCCGCCUUUCAAAUCUGCGGCCCCGUCAUCCAGCAAGGCCGAAGAAAUGAUUGACGAUAAUGAAAGCUUCACUUCUGGCGAUGCUCUGUCUACAAACGCUGUUGACAUCGAUAUCGAGCCAGUAGUCUCGGGGUCACUUUCUCAAUCCCAGAUACUGCCACCAAUCCCGAUAUCACUCGCUCCAGCUGCUCCACCAGCUAUGUCCGCCUCUACAUCCACCAAUUCUCACCAGUCAAACAUUCCCAACGACAUUCCGUUCACAAUUCAUGUUUCGGUGCCGGUUCUUCCCUCUCGUCCACGUUCUUUGAGUGCGUCCAAUUCCCGCAGCCGUAGCGCAGCAUCGUGGCCACACUCCCCUCGUCCGGUCGCUUCUACCUUAAUAAACAUGAUACCUCGACCGGGUAAUCCUCGACAUCCCGUCCAAUGGGAAGGCUGUGGGUCGUAUUACUGCCCAGCGACGAGACACUUGGGGGACAACCGGCCGAGAUGCCAAGAGCUAAUUAGAGAGUGUGAGGACUGCCGGGUCUUAGUUUGCAGUACAUGCGCCUCUGCUAAUCCAGAAUGCGCCUGCUCGUUUUGCUCUGUUCACUACUACUGUCCGCACUGCAACGACAAGCCGGAAGUCCGGGCACAGUGCGUGCUCGAAGAAGAGCUCGAAGCCGCCCGCGUCAAGGAAGUCAAGAUGAAAGAGCGGCUGGAGCGGGAGAAAGAGCAGCGCGAGGUUGCGGAUAAACUUGCUGAAACUUUAUUGGAGUUUUGGGAGGGUUUGUUGGGAGAGGUGGCUAUCGAGGCUUUUAGUGGCACUUCUGACACGGCCCCUUCUUUGGAAGUGACUUCGGAAUCCAGCCUGGAAGGAAAUGCGGAUUUUAGCAUUCCGGCUGUGAGUGCUUCGCCGAGUCCUUCGGCAACAGGGGAAACAGCCACAGACGCAGCAGAACCUCAGCCCCUCUCUAUCAUUCAGCCAUCGACACCGGUCCCGGGUUUUGCAGAGGGCGUAGCGAACUACGAGACGGAAGAUGCAACGUUGGAAGUCAUUGAUGAGCUCAUUGCCAGCGGCGAAUUGGUGCUUAUGUGA